AUGAGUCAGACCAUCGUGCACGAAGUCUUGGCGAAGAAGCCCAAGCGCCGAGUGGAGUGGGUACAAAAGCGCUUGAAGGAAGACCUGGCCAUCCAGCACCGCGACUCCCUCUAUGAGGUUCUCAUGCGUAAGGAGGGCAAGGCGUUCGCAAGCGACAUCAAUGGUGCAGACGCAAUGCGAACGUACAAUGCAGUCCUUGCAGCUAUCGACCUUUUCACCACCAAGCAGCAAAGACAUCUGCAGGCGGACACUUAUUUCCUACGCAAGCUCCAUCGUCAAGAGCAGGAGAAGCAGGAGAGACUCGCAAGAGAGGCCAAAGCACGAGCACAUGAGGCCAGGAAGGCGGCGAAGGCGGCCAAGGAGCGCUCCCAAAAGCGCCCUGUUCGGCAGCCCAAUCCAGCGCCGCUACAGGAGAAUUCUCGCAUCGAGCGGUCUCCAAAGACGACCGCUCCGAUCACAGUCUCUGCAAGAUCGAGGAGUCGAUCACCUUUGCCCCGAGCGGAUGCUGGGACCCUGGUGGCGAGCUUUGAGGCCAGCAGGCUUGCGGAAACGGAGAAGACGAGGAGCCCCUCUCCGGACUGGAUACCUCGGACACCUCCGGAUCCAGAGCCUCAGAUGCCCGGCAAGAGCACUGGAAGCUGGACAACGACCGUUUUCGAGGAGUUGCCCGGAAAGGAUGACCGGGCGCCCACGGUCGUCGCUCCGCGACUGGAGCCGGCGAAGCCCCAGCCUCCACCUGGCCAGAUCUUCCGAAGCUUAGACGACGUCAGCACCCUGGGCGUCAAAGAGCUUUCGAAGGAGCCGGCGGUGGAUGCAGGUCGCAAAGGCACGGCAAGCUCGUCAACCGAGUACGAUGCUUUCGGCACAGGACCUGAUCCCGUUCGGCUGAGAUCGCCUUCUCGGGAGAGGAAGAAGGUGAAGUCAGUGCCAGUCGUUCCGAGCACUGCCAGGGAUGCAGCUGCAGAAGCGUCUAGCACCGGAACGACGCCACAUCACAAAGAGAAGAGCCCAGCAGGCGUCCUAGAAGAUCCUCCUCCCAUGCCGAUGCCCACCCGCCAAGUGCUCUCCAAUGCCCUGGACAGGGACAGGCAGCCUGCAGAAGCUUCCUCGGAGGCCCAGGAUGCAGCUGGGGAGCGUGGCGGAGAGCCUGAGGCAGACGGCAGGCAGCAGCCUUCUCCCAAGGCUGCGGACAAAGCGGAGAAAGCCUCGGCACCGAGCAUCCAGAAUGGCACCAGCGCGCUGACCGCGGAUGCUCCGCCCGGAACGGAGACAAGCCAGGCUGCUGCGGCUUCCAAGCCAGAAGGGCCUGUGGCCCCAAUCGAGCCGAAGCCAGAAGAGCUGCCGCCAUCAGAGGAGUCAGGCGAUGAGGAGAACGAGGAAGAGGCAGAGGAGGAAGACGCUGCCGGCGAAGGCUCUGAGUCUUCGGGCGGUGAAAACGGGAGCCAGGCUCCGACGUCUCCAGCGCAGGCGCCAGGUGACAACCCUCCGCAAGCGAAGGUUGCAGCUAACGCCGGGCAGACAGGCAGUGCAUCGGAGUCGGAUUCGGGCUCUGGUUCAGAAAGCGCCGGGCCCCCCGAACCGGCGCCGAAACAGAAGCCGGUCAGGCUUGAGGCAGCGCCCAGGACGAAGCCAAUUCUGCAGCCAGCGAAGCCGGAAAAUUGGCGCCCGCAGCCCGCACCGCCACAGCCUCCACCUGCGCCCCGAUCUCGAGAAAGACAAGCCAUCCCAGAGAUCAAGGUGCCUGCAGCCACCUUGUCUGCUCGAGCCCAGGCAUCGCAGCUGCCUUUGUGGCGUUACCUCGCACCGGAUGGGCAGGAGCGGCUCGCGAUUCGUUCGGGGCCGGGCCUGGAUGCACCGACGACCGGCCUCUCCUUAGGAUCCGGGGAGGUGUUCCCUGUAAGCCUGGAGAAGCCCGGCGACGGCGGCGUGCUGUUCUUGAGGAUCGCAGACGGUCGAGGGUGGGUCUUUGACCGGAAGUGCGGCCGGGCGCGUAAACGACGAGCCCGACCUCUUUGCGUUCCCUACCAGGUCCCACUUCUCGAAGACGAGGGCGAGCGCAGCGCCCAGGCCAUUGGCCCGCGGGCCGUGGGCCCGGAUGGUCCACUCCCACUCAAUCGCCUCAGCAGCUUAGCAAAGCCUUUCAGGGCCAGCUUCAAGGCUCGUAAGAGGAGACAUACUCAUCCUGGGGGCGUGACGGUGGAUCCGUACAUGACUGUCGGUACCCAGAUCGCGUCCGGGGAGGUCAUUGAGGUCGGUUCCGACGACGAUGGUGGGCCGCGGAAGGAGGGCUCCAAGCUGGGCCAAAAGAGACAGAUCAAGGAGCAGCUGAGACAGCAGCUGGAAAGAAAGCAGAACGAAGUUCAGGCUCUGCGAAGCAAGCUGAAUCAGCUUGACUCGGGGCAGGCAUCUUCGCAGUUGCCCGUCAGGAGAGUGGUGAUGAGAUCAUCGGAUGACAGCCGAACCGUCGGCAUGGCAGAAGCCCCACAGGGCGCCCGUCAGCAAGACCCGCUACUGGACGAAAAGCGUCAGCAGUUGCAGGCCAUGCUCGCAAAGAAGAGGGCAAUGGGGUAUGCGCAAAGUCCGCCUGCGAAGAAGCCGACGCCGAGAUUUGUGGAUUAG